CGGGAUGAGGAAACGUACCGAGCCGGUCACCUUGGAGCAUGAGCGCUGCGUUGCCUCGGGUUCUUCUUCCUUAGGCUCGGCCGCCGCUGCAUUGGACGCCGAUUGCCGCUUGAAGCAGAAUCUGCGUCUGGCAGGCAAGGGGCCUGCUGAGCCGCGCUGUGCCGCCGAAGCGGGCAUGAAGCGGGCGCUGGGCAGGCGGAAGGGUUUGUGGUACCGACUAAGAAAGAUGCUUCUCUGUAUUUUGGGAUUGUACAUUGCCAUUCCAUUUCUCAUCAAACUAUGUCCUGGGAUUCAGGCCAAACUGAUUUUCUUGAAUUUUGUGAGGGUUCCCUAUUUCAUUGACUUGAAGAAGCCUCAGGAUCAAGGCUUGAAUCAUACCUGUAACUAUUACCUUCAGCCAGAGGAAGAUGUGAAAAUAGGUGUCUGGCAUACAGUCCCAGCUGUAUGGUGGAAGAAUGCCCAAGGAAAGGACCAGAUGUGGUAUGAGGAUGCCUUGGCUUCUAACCACCCUAUCAUUCUGUACCUGCAUGGAAACGCAGGCACCAGGGGAGGGGACCACCGUGUGGAGCUAUACAAGGUGCUGAGUUCACUUGGUUACCAUGUUGUCACCUUUGAUUAUAGAGGUUGGGGUGACUCGGCAGGAACACCAUCCGAGCGGGGCAUGACGUAUGACGCACUCCAUGUGUUUGACUGGGUCAAAGCAAGAAGUGGUGACAACCCCGUGUACAUUUGGGGUCACUCUUUGGGCACAGGGGUUGCAACAAAUUUAGUGCGACGUCUCUGUGAGCGAGAAACACCACCAGAUGCCCUUAUAUUGGAAUCUCCAUUCACCAACAUCCGUGAAGAAGCAAAAAGCCAUCCAUUUUCGGUGAUAUAUCGAUACUUCCCUGGAUUUGACUGGUUUUUCCUUGACCCCAUUACAAGUAGUGGAAUUAGAUUUGCAAAUGAUGAGAAUGUGAAGCACAUCUCCUGCUCCCUGCUCAUUCUCCACGCUGAGGAUGACCCAGUUGUACCCUUCCAGCUUGGCAGAAAGCUCUACAGCAUUGCUGCACCAUCUCGAAGCUUCCAGGACUUCAAAGUUCAGUUUAUCCCUUUUCACUCAGACCUGGGCUACAGGCACAAGUACAUCUACAAAAGCCCUGAGCUUCCUCGGAUACUGAGGGAGUUCCUGGGGAAAUCCGAGCAGGAACAUCACCACUAAGGAGUAGCUGCGUAAAGGAAGCAUGAAGACCUCUGCUCUCCUCCCCAUUCCCUGGCCAG